CCAAAUGGGCCUUAAUUAACAUUCAACAUUUUCAAAACCAGAUACAUUACUUUGUCUUAACCUAUUGGCAUUUAGUGAGUACAACUUUCAUUGCCAAUAAUUAUAAACCUACUUCCAAUUAAAAAAGAAAAAUGCCUUAGCAUUCUGAGACCUCUAACCAAUGCACCAAAGUGAAAAAAUGCUUCAGUUUUUAGAUAAUGUGCCUAACUGUUUUUUUUUUUUCAAGCUCUAACUAAUGCACCAAUGAAUAAAAUGGUUCCACCUAAUCCUCACUAUCAACUCCAUCUUUUUACUUCCUACUACUACUACUCUCUACACUUAUUCAAAAAAACUAUAUAAGCUCAAUUACACCACCUCAACUUUCAAACCAUCACAAAUAUCAAUUCUCUUACAUAAGAAAGAACCCUUUUAUUCUUCCUAAAAUAAUGGCAACCCAUAAAUCAACUCCCAAUAAUUCUCUCAUAACAACCAUAAUAUUCACUCUCUUUUUAUCUUCAACAAUCUCAUCAACCUUCUCUAAUAGAAUCCUUGAACAAGAUGAUGCACUCGAUCAACCUCAAACCUCAAUUGUCCCCACCAAUCAAGUGGGCCCCACUGCCACACAAGUAGGCCCAUCUCCAUUACCAGUAGCAACCCCAGUGGGCCCAGUAGCUACCCCAGUAAGCCCAAUUGGAACACAAACGGGCCCAGCCCAGGCCCAAGGCCAAGUUGGGCCUGCUGCAACAGGUGGUGCUGCAGCAGUUGGCAUGGCCGAUCCGCACGCCACACUCUCGUUUUUCAUGCACGACAUCGUCGGCGGGACAAACCCGUCGGCCAUUGCCAUGACCGGAAUCGUCACGAACCCUGCGAUGAGCGGGCAAGUCCCGUUUGCGAAGCCCAACGGCGCAAACCUUCCGGUUAACAAUGGAGUGCCACAAAACAGUAACAACAACGGCAUAGUAAGUAACAACAAUGUACCAUUCUUCACAGGCUUGGCUGGAAAUUCAGGCAAUUUUCUACAAAACCAAAACACCAACGGCAACAAUUUCAUCGCGGGGGGCUCGGGUUUCCCUUUCGUAAGCGGAGCAUCACUCCCACCAGGCAUAACUCUUCAGAAACUCAUGUUCGGAACAAUGACAGUGUUUGAUGAUGAAUUAACCGAAGGACACGAACUCGGGUCGGGUCUAAUGGGAAAAGCUCAGGGAUUUUACGUGGCGAGCUCAGUGGACGGAACAAGUCAGACAAUGGCUUUCACUGCCAUGUUUCAGAGUGGUGGUUAUAGUGAUACUCUGACUUUCUUCGGAGUUCAUAUGACUGCGGCGGCUGAGUCUCAUUUGGCUGUGAUGGGUGGCACCGGAAAGUAUCUGAAUGCCAAAGGUUUCGCCACUGUUAAGACUUCUCCGGCUUCUCCUGAUCAGCAUAGCACUGAUGGAAUGGAGACUCUGCUUCAGUUCAAUGUUUAUCUUGUUUAUUAAUUAAUUGAUUAAUUAGUAAUAAUUGUUUCUUAAAUUCUGCAUAAUUAUUUAGAGAGUUUUAUUGUUGUUGUUUUUUAUUAUGCAUAAUUAUGGUAAUGUAUUGAUGAAAUGUAUGUGAAUUUAUUUGUAAUGAAAACUUGUGGAGUGUUUUUUAUUAUUGUUGUUGUUGAAUGUUGAUUGAUAUAGGUGAAUUAAAUUGGUAUGUAAUAUUUUCUUAAAAAAAAUUACUAAUUGAUUAAAAAAUAAAAUUACAAAAAUACGUUAAUACAAUUU